AUGGCUGAGUCCUCAGAACCCAAUGCUGGUGGGCCAGGUGAGGAAGGCCAGGCUGCAGUUCCCAGCGUCACGGAGGCGAGUGCUCCAGCGCCAACGCCCAACAGUCCGCCUCCAGCUGCAGAGCAACCUCCACGGCAAUCAGAGGCGAUGGCAUCAGAGUCCACACCAACUCCUAUGCCGUCAACGGAAAAUCAAACUGAGCCGGCCCCAGCUCCAUCCGAACCUCCAGAGACCGCCAGGCCAGAACAAUCAUCAGAGACACCAGCGCCUCCUCCCCACUCUCCCAUUCCUCCUCCCCAACCUGAGAUGCCCACACCCUCAACACCCGCACAAUCAACCUUACCUACCAAUUCAGACGCCGCAGUACCUCUGGCAUCCUCUGAACCCAUCGAGGCUCCUGGGAUUCCUGCACCUGUUGCCCCGGCUGCAUCCACAGAAUCUACGAUGCCUGCCACGCCUGCCACACCUGCUGCGCCGGAGGCGACUCCAGCUUCUUCAACUCAUAUGAAUACAGAAGCCACUCCAGCUCUGUCAGAAGGUACCGGCACUCCUACGGUUGAUGCUGAGCAGCCAGCAGCCCCGCCGAACAAUAUUACGUCUACCUUUCCCUCCCUGCCUGCUAUGGAUACCUCUCUCCCACCGAUCGACUCUUCGCAUUCUUUGGACGACAACGAGCUGCCUUCCUUCGACGCCGCUCUCCGAGCCGUCAGCGCGGCAUCGGCAGACGACUUGGCGCUCCCAGCGAUCGACACGACCCUGCCCGCAAUCGGCACAGAUAUCCCGACUAUGGACCACCCAUUUGGCGACGACAGUCAUUUUGGACAUCACGAUACCCAGGAUGGACCGGAUAAUUCCAUGAAUACCGGCCAUGAUUCGCUCCAUGGGACCAUCAAUGGUACGACGCAUUACCAGAAUUCACCUCACGACAAUUACCAAACAUCCUCGAAUGGCAACUACCAAUACAAUUCGGGCGCGCCGCACGACGGACAGCAAUCGUCGCAAGCCUCGCCUCAGCAUCAGUAUCAGUCUCAGCCUCCGCAGAAUUAUCAACCACAAUCAAACGAUAUGUACCACAAUUCCGGUGGGGGAUUCGCCAGCGUGAAUGCCAACUCGAACAACCACGUCCAGGGACAACCCGGUCAAAUGCCCCAAGCACCCAUUGGCUCUCCUAUGCCCUCCAACAUGCAGAAUAUGGCGCCGAUGGGACAGUACAUGCCCAGCUACGCGUCCAGCGUUUCUCCAGCCGGCAUGAGUCCGAAUUCGCAGAUGGCCUAUCCACUGCCGGGAGAUCCCAACAAGAUGCUGUCUAGUGGGCGCCACAAGAAAGAGGUCAAGCGACGCACCAAAACAGGUUGCUUGACCUGUCGCAAACGAAGAAUCAAGUGUGACGAGGGUCAUCCCGUGUGCAGAAAUUGUGUCAAGAGCAAGCGCGAGUGUUUAGGUUACGACCCAGUUUUUCGCCCUCAAGCGUCCGCUCCAUCGGCCAUCCAGCCAGCUCCGAACCCCCAGGCACCCUCGCUCGUGGUCAAUCCUCAGGGCCCUCCAGUGCAGGCUGCGCCUUCGUAUCCUUCUGCGCCGCCCGGGUACAUGCCCGCAUCGUCGCAACCUUUUGCGCCCUCACUUCAUUCCGAAUCUCCUAGCGCUUCCACCGAUCAUCACGACAACGCAACCGGCAUUGACCAUUCUCUUGCAACAAGCACCGUCUCACAUCCUUCCACGAUGCAGUCCACAACUGACUUUCGGCCGCAGAGCUCGGAUCAGCUCUACAAAGCCAAGAAUCUCAACAUCAAUGACCUGAUCGCGUUACGUGGGAUUCCCCCUCCACCACCCCAUCCGGUCGGUACCCUGCCUCCUGGGCGCCUCGAAGAAAUCCAAGCAGUCUUCCUUGCGACCUAUGCGCCCGCUAUCGACAAGCUCCUCGAAGUUCGUUGGUACGCAGACAAGGCGCUGUCAACGCUCAUGGCCGACGUGCAACUGAUGGCCGACUAUUCCGCCCUGAUCAAUGCUUUCAAUGAUUGGAAUCUCAAUGACGGAAAUACGGUUGCCCGCUUGGAAAGUUUCGAGGCCUCGAUUAUCUGGCGGAGUAUGACCUUGUGUCGCCAGGUGCAGUCCACAGACAACGGGCAGACGAGUCAGGACUGGAAUCUAGUGGCGGCACGGGCGCGCCUGAGCGCGAUCGAAGCCCUCCUCACAUGGACCCAUCUGGAUCAGAAUUCGCUAUCCCGCACGCACAGGACAGAAGCCGCCACUCCGCCGCACCAGCCCGACCAGUUUAUGCAGCGUCAAUUGGAUUUCUGGAGCGAACUAGGGGAGUUUUUGACGCUUCACGACAAUGAAGCCAGCUCUGCCAAGCAAAUCGACGAUACUCUUGUGCGGUGCCGUCAACUGCUCGACACCUAUGAAAAUCGAGAUAUCAUUUACUCCAUCGCCAUUGCCAGACACCUCGGGCAACGUUGGGCGGAUUUCCCCAACAGUCUUCCCAAGGUCGGAUAUACGACCGAGAAGGAGGCUGGGACCAAACUUUUCGUUGCGCACAAGUUCAUCGAAGAAGAGGCCGAAGGCAAAGGCACGACGCAAAUCUACAAACGAAUCUGCUGCAUGGCCGUUCGUUCCUGGUGGGUUGCUCGCGAGUGA